GUCCUGAUUAAGGGAACCCCGACUAUCAAUUUAUAGGAUUACAAACCGACGUGCUUAUUAACUGAAGAUUACCAAUCAAGGCAAUUACUAAGACAGGGGUAUUUAAAUUAAGUAUUACAUUAUAUUGUACAAUCAAUCAUAAGCUUAAAUAAUCAUAAUGUUUUUAAUAUCUGGUGCAACAGGGCAGCAAGGUGGUGCAACCAUUAGGAAUCUCAAAGGGGUACCUACGAGAGCAUUCAUACGCAAUACACAUUCAGAAGCUGCGAAGAACUUAAGUGCUGACGGUGUUGAGCUCGCUUCAGGAGAUCUCACAAACAGCGAAUCAAUCUAUGCCGCGAUGGAAGAUGUGGAUGGUGCAUUCUUAGUAACAACAAUGGUACCAAAUGGACCACAAGAUGAAAUUGUCCAAGGAAAGGCUUUCAUUGAGGCUGCAAAGAGGCGUAACUUGAAACACAUUGUAUACACAAGCGUUGAGGGUGCUGAGCGUCAAUCAGGUGUACCACAUUUCGACAGUAAAUACGAAGUUGAAAAGAUGAUAUACGAGAGUGGUAUACCAUAUACGAUCAUUAGACCUGUGGCAUUCAUGGACAACUUCCCCAAGACGAGCGGCGUAGCUUCCUUUUUCGCCAUAGGUGUAUUUAACGCGGCCAUACGAAACAGGACAGUCCAACUGAUUGCAACGGAGGAUAUUGGUAUUGUUGCAGCUACCGCUCUCAAGAAACCUGAACAAUACAUUGGUAGAAAGAUCCCAUUAGCUGGUGACGAACUCACAACCGCGCAGAUUCAAGAUGCUUACAAAGUAGCCCAUGGUAGUUCCGCUUGGAAAGUUUACUUACCUACAUUUAUACUCUCCGUGCUUCCACAUGACUUUAAGAAAAUGUUCUACUGGUUCCGAGACCAUGGCUAUGAGGCAAACAUCGCCAAAAAUCGCGAAGAGUUCCCAGGCUUGCUCACUUUCUCAGAAUGGCUUAAAAAGUGAACGAGAUAUUUUGAUGUCUAUUAAUCUUUAAUUAUUUAUUUUUCAUUGUUUGAUUUCUUACGUGUAAGCUAUUUAUCUAGUUGUG